AUGAAUUAAUUAAAAAUUAAAAACAAUAAAUAGUAAAGUAUAGUUUAUAAUAAUAGUAAAAUGUAUUUAAAAUUUGGCGCUUUUGUGAAAAAUGGCCGCCAUUUGGUUUCGUAGUACGACGUUAGGGGGUGCUUGCUCUUCCGAAGUGUUCCGGACAUUUCCGAACAACCGGCAACGUGCAUUGUUGAUUGUUGUGAUGCCUUGUUUUGACGUAUAAAUAUUAUUUUCAAUUAUUUUAACAUUUAUCUAAACAAUAACAAAAAAAAUAUGGCAACAGUACUUCGUAUUAAACGUCGUCUUGAAGAUGAACCAUUGGAUCAUUUAUUGAUAUCAUGUAAACGUAGAAAAGUUGAUGAAACUGAGGAAGCACCAGUUGAACAAAAUCUCCACCGAGCAGUUGUCAAAUUUGCUGGAACCCUUGAUAACCAGGACAUAAAUAUUGCCAAACAUUUAAAGAACCAGACUAAACAUGAUUUAGAGACAAAUUAUAAAAAACUAGCAAGAAAUAAAGUCAUUGAAAAAUCAAGAAUUAAAGUUAAGGAAUCAUCAAAACAAAAUCGUUGGAAAGUUAUAAAUUGUUCACGUGCUGUUGAUGAUCCAAUUGAUGAAGAUGAUGAUGUAUCAAUAAACGACAAUGGAAUGACAAUAAUUGAUGUUGAAGAUUGUUCAACUGAAUUGCCAAAUGAUAAAGUUGCAAAAUAUGUUUAUGAUAUUUAUUAUACUGAAGAUAAUAAUGAUGAGCUGUCAUUUGAUAGUAGUAUAUCAAUUCAUGAAAUGGAAGAAGGCUGGUUAGUUAAUGAUGAUUAUCGUGAAGGUGAAGUAUAUAGGUGUGAUAAUCCAGAUGAUUCAGAUUCAAAUUCAGAAUCAAAUUGGCGUAAUGAUUAUGGUGAAGAAGAAGAAGAGGAUGAUGAUGAUGAUGAUUAUUAUGAUAAUGAUAAUUUAGUAAAUGAAGAUGACAUAGUUCAGGCAUUAAACAGGUGUGGUGUUAAUGAUGAGCAUGAUGAAUUUGAUGGAUUAGCUGAAGAGGAAUUAUCUGAUGAUGAGGAUGAUUAUUAUAAUGGUAAACUUGAUCAAGCUGAUAUUGAUAUGGGUGGAAUUUUAUAUGCCAAGUAUAAAGCUAAAUUGAAAUAUGGAGAAUUUGAAUCUGAUGAAGAAAGUGAAUAUGACGAUGAUGAUGACGAUGAUGAAGCUAAAAGUAACAGCGAAAUGAUUAUUUGCAAUGGUUCAAUCGUUCAAGAAAUUAGUACUAAUGAUAAAGAAAUGAUUAAUUGAUUUUGUUAUUUUUUUUUUAUAUAUAGAAUAUUAUAUAAUUUAAUUUUUUAUUUUUACAAAUCAAAUUGGUCUACAUGAUAAUGACAAUUGCAAAUGAAUUUGACGAAUAUUAUGACGAGGGUGAUGAUAAAACUAGGAGUAAUUAUUGUUGCUCAAUUAAGACUGAUGACAAAGAUAUGAUUAAUUAAUUUUUAUAUAUUUUAUAUAUGUAAUUCAAGAAAAUUUUUAUCUUUAUUAUUUAAGUAUUUUAAAUAGCUUUUUUUUUUUAUGAUAGUUGUAUCAUUUUGUAGAUAAACUAGUAGUAUAAUUUUUAUUAAUAAAUUCAUUUUAUAAGAAUUUUAAUAUUAAUAAUAAAUAAUUCUUAAAUUUACAAA